AGCGAAACCGGCUGCUGCGACACAAGUAGCGGAAAUAAAGCAUCUCGGAGAGUUUUCCAACGGAACUGGCAACUUUCUUUGUAGCCUUCAAACGAGCUCGGUUUUUUAAGCAGGGUGUAAAGGUUCUAAUAAUGUCUGAGAAAAUCCGCAUCAACAGUCCCAACGUGCAGUACACUGAGAAGUUCAUCGAGUCCCGGUACUCGUACCAGACCACCUCAGUGACCCAGCACGGAGACACGUACACGGUGACGCCCCAAUGUACAGAGUUUACGUUCCGCACAGAGCGCCAUGUGCCCAAGCUUGGUGUCAUGCUUGUGGGCUGGGGCGGAAACAACGGCAGCACCGUCACCGCCGCUGUGCUGGCCAAUAAGCUUGGACUGACCUGGAAAACCAAGACUGGUGUCAAGCAUGCCAAUUAUUAUGGGUCAUUGCUGGAGUCUUCCACUGUGUCUCUGGGCUCAGGACAAAAUGGGGAGAUCUUUGUGCCGUUCAGAGAACUUCUGCCAAUGGUGCACCCUAAUGACAUUGUAUUUGAUGGUUGGGAUAUCUCCUCUAUGGAUCUUGGUCGUGCUAUGGAACGUGCUCAGGUUCUGGACUGGAGCCUUCAGGAGAUGCUUCGCCCCCACAUGAGCCAGCUCAAACCAAGGGCCUCGAUUUACAUCCCAGAUUACAUUGCCGCCAACCAGGAGCACAGGGCGGACAACACCCUCACAGGCACCAAGGCAGAGCAGAUGGAACAAAUCCGCAGAGAUAUCCGUGAGUUCAAGAAAAAGAGUGGUGUGGACAAAGUGAUAGUGCUCUGGACGGCUAACACAGAGAGGUUCUCAGAUAUCGUGGCUGGUGUCAAUGACACGGCCGAUAACCUUCUUGCUACUAUCCAGAAUGGAGGAGAAGUGUCUCCUUCCACCCUGUUUGGAGUGGCCAGUAUUCUGGAGGGCUGUGCUUACAUCAACGGCUCCCCUCAGAACACAUUCGUACCUGGAGCUGUAGAGCUGGCUGUAAAGAAGGGAGUCUUCAUAGGAGGAGAUGACUUUAAGUCGGGCCAGACAAAACUAAAAUCUGUUCUGGUGGACUUUCUAGUCAGUGCUGGAAUUAAGCCAACCUCCAUUGUGAGUUACAAUCACUUAGGAAACAACGAUGGCAUGAACCUGUCUGCCCCACAGCAAUUCCGCUCUAAAGAGAUUUCUAAAAGCAAUGUGGUGGACGAUAUGGUGGCGUCCAAUCCAGUGCUAUACAAGCCUGGAGAAAAACCUGACCACUGUGUGGUCAUUAAGUAUGUUCCCUAUGUGGGAGACAGCAAACGAGCAAUGGAUGAGUACACCUCAGAGAUCAUGAUGGGUGGCGCAAACACAAUAGCACUCCACAACACUUGUGAGGACUCGCUGCUGGCCAGUCCCAUCAUUCUUGACCUGGUCAUUCUGACUGAGCUGUGUCAGCGAAUCACAUUCUGCACAGAGCAGGACUCCUCCUUCCAGUCCUUCCAUAGUGUUCUCUCACUUCUCAGCUUCCUUUGCAAGGCCCCGCUCGUCCCGCCCAAGGCACCUGUGGUCAAUUCAUUCUUCCGCCAGCGAGCGUGCAUCGAAAAUGUCAUGAGGGCUUGCCUCGGUCUUCCCCCUCAGAACCACAUGCAGCUCGAGUACAAGAUGCAGAACAGCUUCCAGGUUUGUCAAGACAAAAAGGUUUAUAGCCCUGUAGCCACAAAGGAGAGCAUCACCGCCACCAAAGCGUACGAAUUCAUCGAAUGCAAUGGAGAGAGUGACCAGAAGAAUGACAGAUAAAAUAUAUAUAUAUAUAUAUAUAAUCCAACGACUGAGCAUUUGAUUAUUGUUAA